GUCCUGGCCUGCGAGAUGGAGAAGCAGUUAGGAGAAACCGAGGCAAAUGGCAGGUGCUGGGUCUCAUUUCCGCACUUUUGUACCCAGCCCCGAUCUGCCACCUGUUGUUUCUCUUCUGCAGUGACUGCCUGGAUGCAGGAUGGUCCUGCCCUCUUGAGGUUUCAAGUUGGGAAGUAGAAGAGCAGAGAAUCCUCUGGGCUGGGCCGGGGGUUGAUGGCGUGGAUCCUCUUCUUGGCCGUAGGAUACAGUGCAGAAGGAACCUCGAGGGCUCACGCAGCACUAGUGUUGCUCCAGGAAGGCUGGACUGCCACUCCUCCUGCUAUGAUGCCUGGGCAGAUCCCAGACCCUUCCGUGACUGCGGGCUCUCUGCCAGGGCUCGGCCCCCUGACCGGACUCCCCAGCUCGGCUCUGACUGCAGAGGAGCUGAAAUACGCCGACAUCCGCAACAUUGGGGCCAUGAUCGCCCCUUUGCACUUCCUGGAGGUGAAACUGGGCAAGAGGCCCCAGCCUGUGAAGAGUGAGCUAGACGAGGAAGAGGAGCGGAGGAAACGGCGUCGAGAGAAGAACAAAGUCGCGGCGGCCCGAUGCCGGAACAAGAAGAAGGAGCGGACGGAAUUUCUGCAGCGGGAAUCUGAGCGGCUGGAACUCAUGAACGCUGAGCUGAAGACCCAGAUCGAGGAGCUAAAGCAGGAGCGACAGCAGCUCAUCUUGAUGUUGAACCGGCAUCGUCCCACCUGUAUCGUUCGGACCGACAGCGUCAAGACACCCGAGUCAGAAGGCAACCCUCUGCUUGAGCAGCUUGAGAAGAAGUGACCGUGGGCUGGGAGGAGGAGGACAAAGGAAGAACGAGGCGUAGGAGAUGGCAAGAGGGAGGAAGAAGAGGAGGGCACCAGAGGGCUCUUCCUUGGUGUGCG